CAGGCACAGAAAGGUUUGCGCGAGACGCACCCAGAUUGCGCGAGGCCCCAGUGAGGAGUCAUGGCGCCUGACGGCCGAUCGGAAACAGGAUUCUCCCUGCAUUUUCCGUCCUCCAAGGUCGGAGACGUGCAGAACCUCUCCCAAACUCCGCGCAGAAACUUCGUCUACCAGGGGGAGACCAUCGACGUUCUCCUGAUCGCCAAGUACUGCGAGGAGGACAGGGACGAGGAGAGAAUACGCGCGUGGCGGGACCGUGUUUUGGAACUGAGCACGGCCGCGACCGCCACGAGUUUGUUUCAAUCGCCGCACGACAUUUGUCAUCAAGACGGGGGGCUGGAAAAGGGGGCUAGUUCUACUUCCAACGGGAAACAGGACUUCAGAGACUGUGUGCCGCUUCUCUUACACAACAGCUCGGCUAAAGAUCAAGCAGAAAAGGGUGAGGACCCAGUGACCAUCUCAGAAGACACAGUAGUCUUCCCGCUGAGAGUCAGUCUGGACAAGCUUCCUGUCGGCACCAAACGCGUCGGGGUUUCUGUCGUGGUCUGGAACCCGGAGGUCGACAGCGGAGAGGAAGACGCUGCAGAGGAGAACACCAACGUUCCGGCGGAACCCGCGGAAGAACAGGUCACCAAGGAGGUCAAGGAGUCUUCAGAUGUCAAAUGCCAUGUUCUGAUUCUCCUCUGUCAGUACCACACAGACCGAGUUACAGAGACAUUCCCGUUGUUACCUCCACCACUGGUGAAGUGCAGAAAGGUGUCCGUUGGCAGGAAACACUUUCUCAUCAUCAAAGUGUACAACUCGUCCUGUGAGGAUGUCACAGUCCACCAGCUCCAGAUCAUUCCAAACUGCAAUGCUGCUUUCCAACACGAUGGGGCAGAGAAGUCCAGUCCUCAGCCAAACAUCCAAACCCCUAGCAAAAGAACGGCAGAAGGCGGUCUGUUCUCCCUGGUGCACACAGACCCUUCCCAGCUGCCCUCACAUCUGCAGCCAUUAGAGGAACACUGUCUGGUCUUCCAGAUCGUUGUCAACGACAACUGGAAUGCUGGCAAAUAUGAGUCCCUUGAGUCGGCCCUACUUCUCCUGAUGCUGUGGCAGCCUGGGACAGCAGUGAACUCAAACAGCAGUGAAGAACACAUCCACACUCACUACAGUCUGCCUGUGAUGAAGCUGGAUGAGCCCCAGUUCAUCAUGAAUGCCACCUGUCCAUCACCUGUCUACGUAGGUCAAAGAUUCGAUGUGAAGUACACCCUAGUCAACAACCUGCAGGACUUCCUCACCAUCAAACUGGUGUGGAGCCCGGAGAAGGCACUGCAGGAUCAGAAAGAUAAGACAGAGGCAAGUAUCAGAUCAGCUAGAAGUGUAAUGGACUCGGUUGUCUGCCACACACCAAGCUAUAACCUGGGUUUCUGCAAGUGUGGGUCGACUGUCUCCUUCACUGUCCCCUUCCAAGUGCUGAGACCAGGGCUAUUUGAGGUUGGGCAGCACAUGAAGCUGAAGCUUCAGUUCAACACCAUCACUCCAAACUUCCCUCACAGUCACUCCGGCAGCUCUGACGGAAAGUCUACCCCCGGGUCUUCCUUCAGCAGGACUAACAGCCCCAACUUCACACCAGACAAGAAACAGGGCAUGGCGGCCAAGUCCUACUCUUUCACUGACUCCACAUCAGCAGCUAUAGUUAAAACACAGUAUUAUCCUGCUGGAGUAAGACAAACCAACAGCCCGACCCACUCCCAGGACUCCCGCACCAGCUCUCCCUCCAGAUCUGCACCGGCUUUCCUGGCGCAGCCACCUGCACCGGUACUCUCACUGGAGAAAAUCAUGAAGCACAACUGUAAGGUCUAUGUCAUGGAACCUAACAGUUAGGGGCAAACUAGUGAGAUAUAACAUACAUGAUAGCCCUGUGCUAGUUGGGCAGCCCUGGCUGUAUCUUCCGUAAGUAGUCAUGUGCUCCCCAAAUUAUGGAUCUAUUCUCUCACGAGAGAAAAUCAUGUAGCACAACUGCAAGUCUAUUUCAUGGAACCCAACAGUUGAGUUAGAGGCAAAGUAGUGAGAAACACAAUCAUGUAAACUACAUGUACAUGUAGCUACCCCAAAUUUGUAUAAUACGAACCGAUCCUUGCAGCCUAUGAAUCAUGAAGUACAAUUGCAACGUCUACAUGUAUGUCAUGGAAGCUGUUAGAGGCAAACUAUUGAGAAACAUACUCGUGUCAGAUGUACAUCAUAUGUAGAUUUGCUUUGAUGUGCAUGUAAUAAAUGUAUAACUAUAAGACAAGUUGAAUCUAUGACGCUUUCAUUCCCUGUGUGUGGAAAAUUCCACAACAGUUUCCUGUAUGUGCAAUGUGCAAUACCAGUAGGUUGAAAAGUCUUAACAGUGCAAGAGAGCUAUGAGUGACUUUUACCUUAACUUAUAUAUGCAGUGGGAAUGUUUGCAAACCUUCUGAGGCAGCAUUUUGGCUGAAAUGUAUAUUUAUUAAGGAAUCUAUUAUGAUUAGCAGCCAAGAGUAACCUUCUUUUUAAUCUUUAAUGGUUAAGAGCAUUUUACUAAUUGGUAUAUGCAAGUUAAGUAUUAACAUGACAAUGACAAUUAACAAUGAUAAUGACAAUUUAACUUUUAUCAACAUAUUAUGAUAUAUUGAAUAUUGCAGAGUGUUAUCAAGCUAUCAAAGGAGAAAGUUGAAGACUUUUGAGAUCUUCUGGCAAAGAAGUAUUUGAUAGCAAAAAUGAUUUUACUUUACUAAUACUGACAUCGAAUGUAUUGAGACUUGUCCGUCAAAUUUGUUGCACGUGUAUUCAAGUGAAACAUAAAGAGAACUUGCUGUCUAUAAGCUCUAUAUGCAAUGCAAGUUGUGUUACUAAAAUGAAUUUCAAGCCUUCGCUAAAGACAAGCCAUUGCUGGUUACAAGCCAUUAGUGACUGCAAGCAAUUUAACUCCUAGUUUUAUAAGGGCUAGUGAAUGUCAAGAAGACUAUGUUCUUCUAACAAUUGUAUUAUUUGCAUUUUAACAGUGUUAGGUGCUCAUGUCAUUCCAUGUCAUUGUGAAAAUGUUCUAUACUAUGCAUUCUUGGAAGCAAAAGGUUAUAGUGGCAAUAUGCUAUAAUUUCACUUCAUGUGUCUGCUUUUCAGUGUUACCUGUGUAUAAGUACUACAUGUUUAUGUACACUGUAAUAUGUACAUUGCUGUUCCGUGUGUUUUGAUAAUAUUUUAUUCAUUUUAUUGGUUUGACUGCUGUGCAAGCUGUUAUUAAGGGCUAGUCUUUGAGUUCAAAACCUGUAGGUUUUGGCUAGUGCUGUUCCAGAGUGUUCUAUAUUUUUUGUGUAAAUGUCUUUGUCCAGCAAUGGUAGCUGAUGCUAUUGUGUGAAUCUUCUCAGUGUGGUGCAAGACGUGCCAAAACUAAAACUUACAAGGAAAGGGUUGCGUUCAGUAAUGUGUUUGUGGAUGUUGCAAUAAAUGUUGUUCCU